UACCCUAAUAACCUAAAGUCAGUCUUCUAAACUAAACCCCUCUCGCACUGCUGGCUGCUACUGCUCUUCCUUUCCUUUGGUUCGUUAUUUUUUUAUAACUUUGCCUCGUCUCACCGUUUCCAAUAGACGCCGGACGGCUCCUCAUCUUAAUCAUCCAAUCCAGUCCAGUUUGAUUGCGAUUACGCGUGAUGGUGGAGGGCGGUGGGGCAGCGUCGUACCCUGUGAUUUUCUUCGACGGCGAAAGGGAGUCGGACUUAGGAGACGUGAAUAUCAAUCCGAGGAUGGAGUACAAGGCGUUUCAGGUAUUGCUAAGCCAGAAGAUCGGGAUCUCGCCCAAUCAGAUCUCAAUUUAUAUGGUUGACCGGAAGAGGAUCCCCGAGUGGCCCUUCUCCGAGGAUCGCCGCCGUAUUCCAAUCACUGCUAAGGUUAACUUUGGGGCUAUUUCUCGCCUCAAGGACUGCUACUUUCUUGUCGUCUUGAAGAGGUCAAGAAAGUCGAGAAACCACCAGCGAAGGGGGCUUGAAUUUUAUCUGGAGAACAACAACCACCUUUUACCCCGAAGAAAUCUGCAGGGGCCACCGCCACCACCACCACUACCGUUUUACGAUGAGAUUGCGCCAACGGAUCUGGCUGCUUUGAAUUUCCGCCUGCAAAAUCAAUAUCAUGAUCAGAGGGAGAUGAGAAUGGGAUUGCUUGAUUUCUCUUUGGAGGGGGAGGAGGAGGAGGCAUCAUCAUAUUCAUAUCUGAACAUAGAUUCUUCUUUGGAUUGGAGAAGAAGAAGAAGUAACUACUACUGUGAAGAGUGCGCUAAUGAAGAGAACAAUAGGAAUAGCAAUAGGAUGGCGCCAUCAUUAUCAUUUCACCCCUGCAUUAACGAUGCUGUGAUAAUCGGUGGUGGUUUCAGGACCACUGCCGGUCCAAUUCGUCGCCCCCUGAGCAGAGCAGAGCAGAGCAGCUUUAAUUAGUCCCUUUUCCAGUUCAGGGAUAUUGCUGCUUUUCCUUCUCCAUUCCAUUUUAUUCCCUGUGCUGUGCUGUGAAAGAAAUCAAGCCAACAGUACAUUGGGUUUCUUCUCGCACUGAUGAACGAUGGAUGUCUUGGAAUUGAUUUAUUGUUGUCCCCUUUUCUUUUCUGAGAAAUAUACGAGCUGCUGCUGCGUCGCCCUUGAAGGG